GGGAGGCAUCCUUCAGCAGCCCCAGAGGCUGGAAGCGCGUGGGAGAAAGAGAGAGAGGGGGAGAGAGAGAAAGGGGGGCAAUGAGUUUGCCAAAUCUGGGGAGCACAGGAAGCUCGGGAGACUCGACUCCUGUCUUUCCUCGGACAAUGACGGCGUGGAUCCUGCUCCUGCUGACACUCUACCCCGGCCUCACUAGCCAGAAAUCUGAUGAUGACUAUGAAGAUUAUGCUUCCAACAAAACAUGGGUCUUAACUCCAAAAGUUCCUGAGGGUGAUGUAACUGUCAUCUUAAAUAACCUCCUAGAAGGAUAUGACAAUAAACUUCGUCCUGAUAUAGGAGUGAAACCAACAUUAAUUCACACAGAUAUGUAUGUGAAUAGCAUUGGUCCAGUGAAUGCUAUCAAUAUGGAAUAUACAAUUGAUAUAUUUUUUGCCCAAACAUGGUAUGACAGACGUCUUAAAUUUAAUAGCACCAUUAAGGUCCUCCGAUUGAAUAGCAACAUGGUGGGGAAAAUUUGGAUCCCAGACACUUUCUUCAGGAACUCCAAAAAGGCUGAUGCACACUGGAUCACCACCCCUAAUAGGAUGCUGAGAAUUUGGAAUGAUGGCAGAGUUCUCUACACACUAAGGCUGACAAUUGAUGCUGAGUGCCAGUUACAGUUGCAUAAUUUUCCAAUGGAUGAACACUCUUGCCCCUUGGAGUUCUCCAGUUAUGGUUACCCACGUGAAGAAAUUGUCUAUCAGUGGAAGCGGAGUUCUGUUGAAGUUGGUGACACAAGAUCUUGGAGACUUUAUCAGUUUUCCUUUGUUGGUCUGAGAAAUACCACUGAAGUAGUGAAGACAACUUCUGGAGACUAUGUUGUUAUGUCUGUCUACUUUGAUCUGAGCAGAAGGAUGGGCUACUUCACCAUCCAGACUUACAUUCCCUGUACACUCAUCGUCGUUCUAUCCUGGGUGUCUUUCUGGAUCAAUAAGGAUGCGGUACCGGCCAGAACUUCGUUAGGUAUCACCACCGUCCUGACAAUGACCACGCUGAGCACCAUUGCCCGGAAGUCACUUCCCAAGGUGUCCUAUGUUACUGCGAUGGAUCUCUUUGUGUCCGUCUGUUUCAUCUUUGUCUUCUCUGCUCUGGUGGAGUAUGGCACACUGCAUUAUUUUGUCAGCAACCGGAAACCUAGCAAGGACAAAGACAAAAAGAAGAAAAACCCUCUUCUUCGGAUGUUUUCCUUCAAGGCCCCUACCAUUGAUAUCCGCCCAAGAUCAGCAACCAUUCAAAUGAACAAUGCUACGCACCUUCAAGAGAGAGAUGAAGAAUAUGGUUAUGAGUGUCUGGAUGGCAAGGACUGUGCCAGUUUUUUCUGCUGCUUUGAAGAUUGCCGAACAGGAGCCUGGAGACAUGGAAGGAUACACAUCCGUAUCGCCAAAAUGGACUCCUAUGCCCGGAUCUUCUUCCCCACGGCCUUCUGCUUGUUCAAUCUGGUUUACUGGGUCUCCUACCUUUACCUGUGAGAAGGUACAGGUUUUGUUGAUAUGGGUCUUACUCACUAAAUCUUAGUGGAGAGCGGUGUCCUUUCUGAGUCCACUCAAACAACUUUGUGGUUCCUCAUCUGAAUCUGUUUCUCUGUUCUAACCUGGUGAAGUGUACUGAUGUCAUACUGUUUGCGCCCAACUCUCCUGUAGUAAGCGUGAUUCGAAUUUUGAUGUUUGCCGUAUUUCCAACCUAUAAGGCGAGCUGCAAUUAGAGCAAGAACAUUGAAACCAAACAAGAUUCUUUUUCCACUACAGCCCAUCGAAAAAGUGAAAGCCGUGACUAUUUAUAGUGGUGGUGUCCUUUCUCAGUUCUAAAUACAAUUAUAUGCAAAAGGUCCCCAACGUGACCCUCUGUUUGGAGUCAGUCAUGGUAAAUUCGAUACCAAUAGGUCCUCUUCGUCAUCUGAGAAGAAUUAUGACUCACUUUAAGUACUAAAGGAAUCUUCCACACCUAUAUCCCAAGAUAGGAAGAGAAAUUCCUCUCCAUCACAUGUACAAUGGUGUAAAUAUUUCAGCAACAUAGAAUGCUUCAAGUUUAAUUGCAUGCACCUCUUUAGAGCCAAAAUAAAUGGGUUGAAGUUAACAUCAUAAAGUUUUGUCUUCUAUUCUGUUUCUUUGGGAUACAAAAGAAUCAUGAAUGCAAUUACAAGAAUUUGGGUCUGGAGGGAGGAGUUUUCUCCACCUUCUCCCUCAUGCAUGAAGAUGCAAAGAAUAAUUUUUCCCAUGUAUGACAUAAAAACACUUCAAGUAAAAUAUAGACUGAGUAAAUUGACAAUUGCCACCACCUUUAAAUAUGCCCAGUGUCAUAGAAAAUAAAUUAAAUGCAUAUGAUUGCUGCUAUUUUUCUUCCUUUUAGGAUGAUUAAAAAGGAAAUCACUUAUUCUCCAUUUCAGUGAUUGUGAGUGCCUUGUGUGCAGAACCAUGGCAGUUCCUUUAUGGGACUCAGCACACAACUGAUGCUCAACAAAAAUGGUCUGAAGUGAAGUAAACUCACAUUCUCUGCUUAAAUCCCUUGCUGGUUUAGAACCAGAGAUUCAUCUUUCCAUAGAAGUACUGUCAAAUUGUAUUUGAUAUUGUAGAAGUGAACAGAAGGAUCCAAAGAACUUUGGCUGUUUAUGUUCAUUAUCAAAAUUUUACUUUAGCCAAAGUCUAUACUCCUCUUAAAAUAUUUGUAACUCUGUGUAUAGAAAUACAAAAAUAAAGACAUAUUAUAAUUUGUGUAUUUUUUUUCUGGUGGUGGGACUGAAUUGAUUCUGAUCCAUUUACAAUUCUAAUAGGAAAUAUGAAAGGUAUAAGUAGGAUUCAUACCUGGUGUUCAAUUCUAUACACUGUGUGUGGGGGGAAACAAAAUACAAAACAUUUAGAACAGGCUCUUUCAGAUCUACUGAGAUCACAGAAAAGGGUUGUCCCAGGCUUCAGCUAUGAGAAGUUGAGCUCUACCUUUUUGAGGCCUCACUUUUCUAAAGUAGUGUUCUUCAUUCAUCCUCCUUUUUCUUGGGGGAGAUUCACUGCUUGAAAUUAGAAUUUAGUCAUAGCUAGUACAGCUUCUAGAUAAUUUCUAAAAGGUAUUAGAGAAGAGAGAGUGGCUGCAUUAAACCAUUUUAAGACCAUCAAGUCAUCUGGAUGAAUCUUGAAAUAUGUUUAGCUGCUGAUUUUACAAACCCUUAAUAUCUAUCAUGAGUGCUCUAGUAUAUAACCUCAAACACCUGUAAAUAGACUUAAUUAUUUUCUUGUUUCAAAUUGUUAACAUAGUCAAUGUUGACUUUUGGGGAGAGUUGCUGGCAAGUUUCUAAUGAUGAGAAACAUGUUACUGUUGUCAACUUGAAAUGUAUCCUGUAAGGGGGACACUCAAAAACAGCUAGUUUUCCAAUGUGUGCAACGUAUUGGCAAAGGAAUAUAUAUAUUUAUAUAUAAGACAAUUUAAUUCUCAAUUAUCAGCUGCUCCCUGUCUGUAUUUCAACACCUUUUCACAAAGGGAAUUGCCUACUAUGUGGACUUUUGCAAUAAAAUGCUGCUUUCAAAUCA